GAACAGAGAUUGAUAUCAAACGCACCCUGUACUCUUCUGUGCUGGUGUCUGGACCAAUGAGCGGCGGUUCUUGAUGGAAGUGACACACUCCCGCCAAUUCCGACUGCGGAGCGCGGAGCUGCACUGGGGGCGAACGCGAGGAGACGUGGAGGACACGAAGCGAAAAUGUGCAAUAUUUAGUGUCAAACUAAUCAAGAAUAAGGGACUUUCGUCGACAGCACAGACCCACGGUGCUUUGUUGUGGCCAGUUUUGCAGCUGACACGGUUUAUUGGCGGAUUAAAAGUGAUACUUGAGAGAUUUGAAUAGUGGAUUCCCGGUAGAAACGGGGACGAACGAUGUUAGCGGCAGAAAACCCAGCUGUGGACGGCGGACAUUUAGCCUCAACCCCCCGGAGGAAAGAUAUGGAUUGCAAACCAAGCAGCAAUGCAAACAAGAAACUUGUUCAAGCCCGUCUUCCAUUCAAGCGCCUGAACCCUGAGCCAAAGGAGAACCAGCCACCGAAACGUCCUUGUGCCCAUGUUUGUCCAGGUCCAGAGGUGUCCGAAAGGGAGAACGAAAAUGAGUCCUCUCCAAUUCCUCUGUGCACUGGACCACCACUGGUCAAUGGCCGUGGUCCGCUGGAUGGCUUCCUAACUUGCAGACGCCCAGUGUGUGCUGAUGAGAAUAUGGUCAUAGAUCUAACUGAAGAGAAAGUGUCUCGUAUAAAAUGUCGACUUCUUCCAUUAAAUGACAAGCAACAGAAACAGGAUAGAAGAGUAUCCUCUGGAAAAUUGAACAGCACUAACUCUUUUUCCGGCAUUGACUCUCCCAAAAAACAAACUGUGGACUGCAUAGUGGUGGAUGAGGAUGUUACGACUCAAGAUGAGAAAUCAGAUCAGACCGUAUCCACAUCAGUUCUUGAUAUAACACAAGAAUCUGAGACUGAGGAAGAACCCCAAAAUGAAUCUCAAGAUGCUUCUAGUUUGGUAAACCAGUCUCUGCUCUCCAAUUCCCCGAGCAGCUCCAUGUCUGAGAGCUCUCCAGAGAAGUGCAAUACUGACAAUCUCACUCCUAAUUCCACGCAUGAAGAGCCAAAGACCACACCGAAGAUUCCUCCAGAGAAAAAGUUAAAAAGACGCUCCCUGAAGAGUGUACAAGAGCAAGAAGAGAAGCUCCGUCUCCGCCAAGAAAAAGAGCGGCUAAAAGAAGAAGCUAAAGCAGCAAAAGAGAAAAAGAAAGAAGACGCUCGCAAACAAAAAGAGGAGCGUGAACGAGAGAAACGUGAAAAGAAGGAGCGAGAGGAGCGUGAGCGGAAAGAGAAAAAAGAGAAGGAGGAGAAAGAGAAGGCAGAGAGGUUAAAGGCCAAAGAGGAGCAGCGGAAGUCAAAGCUCGAGGCUAAGCUUGAAGAGAAACGUAAGAAGGAAGAAGAAAAACGGUUAAAAGAAGAGAAAGAUCGCCUCAAAGCUGAAAAAGCAGAAAUCACACGAUUUCUACAGAAGCCUAAGACCCAACAGGCACCAAAGACUCUUUCUGCUGCCUGUGGAAAGUUUGCUCCAUUUGAAAUUAAGGAGAACAUGUUUUUGGCUCCACUGAUCCGGGUUCAGUGUGAAGAUUCGGUUCUGGAGAAACUGGAUGAAUAUUUACUAAAGCCUUCUCAAAACAUUAAUGGACUCAAAGACUGGAUUGAGCAAAAGCCGCGACGCUCAGGCCCCACCAAAACUAGGACAACAAAUUCACUCAGUGAAUGCACAGCAGCAGAAAACCAUAAACCUGAUGGUGUCCCAGACCGUUCUCUACAUGGACCAAUGAAACUGCUACAGUUUCAUGAAAACUACCGCCCGGCUUAUUGGGGCACCUGGAGCAAGAAGAGCUCACACAUUUCAGCUCGCUGCCCUUUGAGACAAGACAUGGAUUUGUUGGACUAUGAAGUGGACAGUGAUGAAGAGUGGGAGGAAGAAGAACCAGGAGAAUCUCUGUCACACAGUGAAGGUGAGGAUGAGGAAGAAGGAGGAGAAGAUGAUGACGAGGAUGAUGGUUUUUUUGUGCCUCACGGAUACCUCUCUGAUGACGAAGGUGCUCUGGAAGAAGAGGACGGUGGUGAUUUGGAGAAACAGAAACUUCAACAGAAACUCAGAGCAAAGGAGUGGGACGAGCUGAUGUCAACCAAGAAGAAGAUGAAGUUCCUGGAGCCUAUGGUGAGGGGCUGUGUGUGGGAGGGGGAGGGGCCUGGCUCAGAGAUGUUCCAGGUCUAUGCUCUGUGUUUGAUUGAACCUUUGGCCAAAAUGGACAACAGUCCCAGCCCAGGGGAGCAAAGUCUGAAAAAGCAGCAGGAGACUGAGCUACUUGGGCAGAUGCUUCCAUUGCUCCACGGAAACUCAAACAGCAGUAAAGCGAUCAUUACUGAGUUCCAGGAGUUUUGUCGACAGCAUUCAUCACCAUCUUCACCGCCUCAACUGUCCAGUCCUCAAAACGCUACAGAUAAUGUUCCGUCCAGGAUAAAGCUAAAACGGCUCAUCAAAAACAAUGCUGUAUAUGAGAAGCGCUCAACCUAUAAGCGGUGCUGCUGGUAUGUCCACAAAGAGGUCCUGUCCCAGUUUGGUCAAGAAACGCUCCCUGUGCCCUGUCAAUGGACGUACCUCACCACAGGACUCAGAGAGGAGCCUCGUGAAGAGUCCCAGGCUGCAACAGGGUCUGUGGGCAACUCUCCUACCACUCCACAGACCUCCUCUGCUGCCCACAAGAGGAGGAGCACAGGCAGCAUGUCCAUCACCAAGUUCAUGAAGAGAUGUAGUGGGACAGAACAGUCUGAAGCCAUAGAAGCAGACGGGUUUCAGGCAGAUACAGAAGAGGAUGAUGAAGAUGACUGUGUCAUUGUCUCAACAGCUAAAGACGGCUUGACAAGAGAGAAUUCUGAGGACCAACCAAUGGAGGUCUCUCCCUCUGACCCCCCUCUUACCCCAGUGUCCAGCGUUUCAACCCUCGCCUCCAUCUGACCACAGCACUGUUCAAACACAUGAGGACCUCACUGCUGCUCGGGGCCAGACAACGCCUGUCCCAGUCUCUGUGUUUUUGUUGAGUCUGAACUUCUCAAAUGACCAGCAAAAAUUACUCAACAAGGGACCCUAGGGUGACACUGGCAUCUUGAAUUUCUUUAUCUAGUCAAACUGACUGGGUCAAGGUAUUCUGUUUUUGUGAUUAAAAUCAGUGUGAUUUUUGAACUAAAAUGUGUUUGCAUGUUGCUGAAGUUUGGCUUUGCCUUAUUAUGGAGGCAACUGAUGUGAUGAAAGUGCAGCUCAGAUAUGCCAGAUUAAAACAAGGCAGACUCAUUACACCAAGAACAGGAUUAUCUGUUAAAUGCUAAAUGUGGCAUUAUGGGGUCACUUUGAUUCUUGAUUUGUUCUUACAGCAUAAGUUAAUCAGAGGGAAUGUGAGGCUAAAAGUAGACCAUUACCUUAGGUGCAUUUAUACAGUGUGUUCUACUUAUAAUUCACUUGAGUCGUUACUCAGUCUUGAGCGUGUACAGAUAUGUCCUGUGUCACAUUUUAUAAAUAUGUAUUUUCUUUGUUUUUCAAGAAUACUUGAACAAGAAAUUCAUUAAACAUUAAACUGCACUUUUAUAAGAACUUA